AUGCGCAUCUUGAGGUGCAAAUGGGGCAUCAUACGGAGAGCUGCGCGCGCACCGCAGCAAGUGUUUACAAGUUCUGGUUAUUUCGGUAAGGAUCCAGGAGGUGGGACAGUGCAGGUUGUCAAAUACGUCAAGCCUGUCGAGGGCGACCCGAAGGUCAAAGACGACAAUUUCAAUAGCAAAAUGGAGGACUUCGCGACGCAGGCGCAGGAGAAGAUAGCUGGUCUGAAGGAGCAGGUCACGCAGGUGGCCGACCUCACCAAGCAGUGUUGCGACAUGUUCGAGAAGCCGAAGACCCCAUCCGGGGAGUUUCUCGCGAAGUUCGCGCUCUUCCGAAAGCACAUGGAGGAGGCCAGAAGGGAGAACCUGCUCGCCAAGGCGAAGAAAGAGAAGGCAGAGAAGAAGCGGGCCGAGAAGGAGCAACCAGCCGAAGAAGGACAGCAACAAAACAGAGGAGGACCCCUAUGA